GUUGUGCAACAUGUGUAAAAAUCCACCCAAAGAAACCAUUAAUUUAUCUCGUAGGAACUGAAGAAGGUCUAAUUUAUAAAUGUAGCACGGCAUAUAGUUCCAUGUAUCUUCUGACAUACGAAGCCCAUAAAAUGCCAGUUUACAGAAUAGACUUCAACAGAUACAAUACCGAUAUUUUCAUAUCGUGCAGUGCUGAUUGGAGGAUAAAGAUUUGGGAGGAUAAUCGAUUGGAGCCUCUAUUCGUAUUCGAUGUGGGAGAUAGAGUAGGAGACGUGAAAUGGGCACCGUACUCCUCCACGGUAUUUGCAGCUGUUACCACCGAGGGUAAAGUCUAUGUUUUCGACUUGAACGUGAACAAAUACAAACCGAUAUGCGUCCAAGCGAUAGUUUCAAAGAGAAAAAACAAAUUGACCAGAAUUUCUUUCAAUUCCAAACUGCCAAUUAUUGUGGUUGGAGAUGACAAGGGAUGUGUAACUACACUGAAGUUGUCUCCAAAUUUGAGAAUACCUUGUAAGGCACCCAAGAAACAACAGCACUUGGAUCAGUGGACGUUACAGUGUAUGAAGCUCGAUAAAUUGCUAUCUCUAGUCAGAGAACCUGUAACUUUAACUCUACCAGACGAUACAGCAGGAACUGAAGAGUCAUGAAAAAAAUAAUGAUACAUAUUGAGUAUUCAUUUUAUUAACAUUAAAUAAAGAUGUACAGAUUUAUAUAUAAAUAUCAAGAGAAAUUUAACAACAAUUAAAGCA